GGAAAGAUUAAGAAAAUACGCUUUUUAGCGCAACUUUACAGAUUGUGCACGAGUUGGUAGUGUCUGGGUGAUCGGAGCGUGGUUCCGUUACUAUGCUACUCCUUAUGGCCAGCAGGCUAUGGCGGUAAGGGUGGGACAUUUUAUACCAAAAACAGGAUAGAGGCUGCAGACGGGCAUUGGAUCGUAACAUCUGUCGCGUAUAGGGGAAACAAACGUGUUUAAAGUGUUUAUAACGAAUUUUGUGGAUUAUUUUUUCGUUUCUUUGUCGUUUUAUUAGAAAUUCAAUUUUGCAAAUCUGUCCUGGUCGUUCUCAGCUUUCAUGUCGCGAUUAAGAAUAAAAGACAACACAUUUGUGUCUAUAGAACACCCUGGAAUUCUCAAAAGUGUCGAAAACGGAUGUGCGACAUUAGGAGGUCUCAGUACUAUUCAACAGGCUACUGAACGUGCAGCAAAAAACCCAAAAAAUGCAGUUCUUGAACUUCGAAUGCGUCCAAAUGAUAACUAUGAGCAUCCAGUUCAAGCUCGUUUACGACCAAAAAACAAUAUACUCGUCAGAGUUCACAAACAGAACGGCAAGGCACAAUGUCUAGGUCGCAUAAAAUGGGGCUUCAAUUUUCGAAAUAUCGCUGAUUUUCAGUAUAAUACAAGCAAGUCUGAGUUUUUGUCACGAGUCGACUCCACUCUAAGAACACUAGACUAUGAAACAGUUCCGAAAUUUUACAUUUCCCUGCAACCCGCUAUGCGUGAAUCACUUGAUGUUCCUCCUCCUCCGGUGUUUUCACAGACGGUGAUUCCGCAUCAUUACAACUAUCUACAAAAUCCUCACGUAGGCAGAAUCAGCUUGCCUGAUGGAAAAAGCAGACUUGUCAACCUUAGAGGUGCUGCACGUAUAUGGACCAUUAUGAUCGGCAUGGAUGCAGAACGGGUCCCCACAGAACGGCACGCAGAGGUAAAAAAGGAACCAAAUGCAAUUGUUCAAGAUGUUCUGAAAGAGCUGGCACCUUUAUUUGAAAAAAGACCAAUGUGGACACGACGUGGAAUUCUCGAGAAUAUUAGCGCUGCAUCUCAUUCAAAUCUAAAAUACGCUCUCCCGUACGUCUCCUACCUUUGGGCAUCUGGUCCGUUUCGUGAUGCUUUCACUCGUUUUGGUUACGAUCCGCGAAAGGAUUCUGUUAGUGCCAAGUACCAGACUCUGUUCUUUAAGUUUAAGGUCAAUGAAGAACACACUGGUUCGGGUUCAUAUAUAUUCGAUGGUACAACUCUUUAUCCAAAAACACGAAUUUAUCAGAUCUGUGACAUUACAGAUCCCCUCGUUAAAAGCUUGCUUCAAGACGCUCCGUUACAUUCCACUUGUCAUCCAACGGAAGGUUGGUACAAGAGCGGUCGACUCAAUAAGGUUCGCGACGUUAUGCGUGAAAAGCUGAGAGCACUUACUGAUGGCCGCUGCUUAUCUGAGGAAGCGCUUUCUGUCGUUCUUGCUGCUCCAGAAAGAGACGAGUCUGAACAUAAUUCACCGUCGGAGGAAGAAGGAAAUUCAACUUCAUCUUUCAAUGCAUCUUCUGGAUUUGCCAAUGUACAAACGGACGCCAGGGUGAAUGAACUCAUGAGAAACUUGAUGAAGCAGAGUGAAGAGCACGAAAGCUUUGAGGACAUUGAAGAUUAUGAUGAAUUUGAGGAUGUCUUUGGAGACUAAUUAAAUGUAAAAAAUAAAUAAAGUAUGAUUACUAAAAUAGUUCAAGUGAGAUUGAGAACACAAGUAGUCAUAUAUCUCACUUGUGGUAAGAUUGCUAUGACCGUUACAAUACAAUUGUCAUUUUAUGACUGACGAGUAUCACAUCUGACUAUCAAUCGUAAUAACACUCAAUUAAAUAAAAAAUAGAAAAUUAAACCAAGAUAAAAAAAAAAAAAAAAAAAAAAAAA